UGCCGACGUGGCGGGGCGGAAGAGGAGCCUCCGGCUGGCACCGAGCGGAUCACCAUGUCCCAGACUGCCCCAUCAGACCCAGAACCCUCUACAGACCCCACUACAGAGCCCACUCCUCCUCCUCCUCAGCCCCUCGGCACCGACAGUGACCCCUUCCAGGAUAUCCCAGCAGCCAUCACUGCCCCCUCAGCACCACCGCAGCCUCCUCUGGUCCCCGAGAAGUUCAUCAUCCCAGACUCCAGCGAGGAGACGCCCUCAGACGAACCGGCUGCUGAGAUCCACUCAGGAGAGGCUCAGGAUGAGCGAUCGGAGCCGGCCGCAGAGGGCCGGGCGAUCGAGUGUGAUCAGCCGGUGAGCCUGGAGGCAGAGGCCGAGGCUGCAGAGCAGGACGUGGAGAGCUCACUCCAGGAGAAAGAGAAAGGUUGGGGAGGCUGGGGCUCGUGGGGAAAGUCUCUCCUCAGCAGUGCCACCUCCACAGUGGGUCACAGCCUGACCUCAGUUAAGGUGAAAGCAGGCGAGGCGCUCCGCCUCCACAAGACGUCUGUGGGCGAGGAGGCUCGAGAGGAGGCGGAUGGAGCUGAGGAGAAGGGAGAAGGAGGAGAAGGAGGAGGAGGAGGAGGAGAGGAAAUCCAAGAAACUGGAGCGUCUGUCCCGGCAGAAUCAUCUUCACCCAACGCUGCCGGUCGGGGCGUCUUCUCCACUAUCACACAUGCAGGCAAGUCGGUGAUCACUGGCGGUCUGGACGCCUUGGAGUUCAUAGGAAAGAAAACCAUGACUGUUCUUGCAGAGAGUGACCCAGGAUUCAAAAAAACAAAGACUCUGAUGCAGAAGACCGCUUCACUGAGUCAGAUGCUGAAGGAAGCCAAGGAGAAGGAGCGAGCUCGUCUGAGUAGCCAGUCCGUCAGCGCCCCCACCGCUCACUACGGCAUUCUUUUUGAUGACUACCAGGGUUUGUCGCACCUGGAGGCCCUGGAGAUUCUCUCCAACGAGAGCGAGGCGAAGGUUCAAGCUUUUCUCUCCGCCCUGCUGGAAGAGGAGCAGGAGGAGGUGAAGAAGGAGCUGAUUUUCAUCAAGGAGAUUUUCAUCAAGCCAGAAGAAGAGGAGGAAGGAGAGGUAGAAGGAGGAGGCGGAGAGACGAAGGAUAACGGUGAUCAAGGUUCCCAAAUACACUGUUCUACCCCGUUAUCUGCUGACGGCGAGGAGUUUGUGAGCGUUCUCACUGAGCUGCUGUUUGAGCUUCAUGUUGCUGCCACCCCAGACAAACUCAACAAGGCUCGAAUGAGGGCCCAUGAUUGGGUGAGCGAGGUGGAACAGCCUGUCACUACGGAGACAGUUGGCAAGGAAACGCAGGACCAGUCAGGAGAGGAGGCCUCGCCUGGAGAGAACAAGAAAGAGGAGGAGAAGAAAGCUGAAGAGGAGCAGAAGGGAACGGAGGGCGAGGGGAAGGAGAUUAAAGGAGAGAAGGAGAGCGACCCCAGAUCUGUGGAGCGUGUGUACCUGUCAUCGGUGGGCAGUCUGGCAGAGGUGACUGCUCGCAGUAUCGAACAACUCCACAAGGUGGCAGAGCUCAUCCUCCACGGCCAGGAGCAGGAGAAAGCUGCCAGGGAGCAGGCUCACAUCCUCACCAGGUUGACUUCUGCAAUGUGUAAAGAGGUGGAUUGUUUGGCGAAGAAGUUUUCUGACACACUGCUUCUUGUUGGGGGUCAGAGGAAAGCCGAGGAGGUGAAUCCAAUGGUGAAUAGUGUCCUGCAAGAGGGGGACAACAGUACCAACUACAUCCAGAAUGCAUUUCAGCUGCUCCUGCCCAUCCUGCAGAUCUCCCACAUCCAGAGCCAACACUGCCAAACCUCCACAGAGACAGCAGCACAGAUACACUAACACUCACUACACACGCACACUACUACCUGCUUGUCUUAAUGCUGCACAGUAAACUUUGAAGGCUCGAUAUUCCAUGUUAAGUGCUUUUAUCUAAGUGCCAUACAACAGUGAGAGACAAAAUAUAUAUAGAUGUAAAGAGAGAUUAUGAUCAUGGAGAUGACAGUUUUAUUUCGAUGUGCCACAUGCAGGUCAUACAUGUUUCUUGUGUCUAUGAAUGAUAUUUAAUCGGGUUUUUCCAUUGAUAUUUUCACUUAAAGGAACCAAAAUGGUGACCAAAGCUCAGUCCGUCACAGCGACGAUUCUCCGAAGCUGCGCAAAACAGCAAAAAGAAAAUACUGAUUGCAUUGAAGGGACUUUAGUUUAAUGUAUAAUAAGCGUCAUUUGCACUCCUUACAGGUCAUUUCAGUGAGAAAUAGCAUAAAUGAAAUGUUUAUUUUGAUUUAUUGUUUAUAUCUGGUUUGAGACAAGAUGCCAGUAUUCCUAGUAAUGCACCAUCAUUUCUUACUCCUUUUGUUUUAGUGUUAAAUUAUAUGAAGCUCCACUACCUUUAUGUUUCUUUGAGUUUGGGUUUAGAAACAUUUGCAUACUUGAAAAUAGGAAAAA